AUGGCCGGGUCCCCCUGGCCGGGCCGGCGGGGCGGCUUGCGAGCGCUGCUGGCCGCCCUGGCCGCGGCGCUGGCCGGCUCCUACAACGUCGACCUGGAGCAGCCCGUGCUUUUCCAGGGGCCCAACGGCUCCUUCUUCGGCUAUUCCGUGCUGGAGCAUUACUACGACAAUACGCGGUGGGUAUUGGUUGGGGCCCCCAAAGCAGAUUCCAAAUACAGUGCCUCUGUUAAGUCCCCAGGAGCUGUGUUUAAGUGUCGCGUUCACACCAACCCUGAAAGGCGAUGCACAGAACUGGAUAUGGGUCGAGGUAAUACCCGAGGAGCACCCUGUGGAAAGACCUGUAGGGAGGACCGAGAUGAUGAAUGGAUGGGUGUCAGCUUGGCAAGGCAGCCCAAGGCGGGAGGAAGUAUAUUGGCCUGUGCACACCGUUGGAAAAACGUCUACUAUGAGACAGAGUACAUCCUUCCGCAUGGCUUCUGCAAUGUCAUCCCACCCAAUCUAGGAUCCUAUGGUAGGAAGCUAAUCCCGUGCUAUGAAGAAUAUAAGAAGAAAUAUGGGGAAGAGCAUGGGUCGUGUCAGGCUGGCAUAGCAGGUUUCUUCACGGAGGAACUGGUUGUUAUGGGAGCUCCUGGGUCUUUCUACUGGACAGGAACCAUCAAAGUUCUGAACCUCACUGACAGUACUUACUUUAAACUGAAUGAUGAUUCUGUGAUUGCCAAACGGUAUACCUACCUAGGAUACGCUGUGACAGCAGGUCAUUUCUCUCAGCUGACGACCACAGACAUCGUGGGAGGAGCUCCCCAGGAUGGAGGCAUUGGAAAGGUAUACAUUUUCCGAACGGAUAGGAGGUCUCUUUCUCUUGUAAAGAUUUUUCAGGCUUCGGGUAAAAAGAUGGGCUCUUACUUUGGCUCCUCCUUAUGUGCAGUUGAUCUGAAUUCUGACGGGCUUUCAGACCUCUUGGUGGGAGCGCCCCUGUUUUCCGAGAUCCGGGACGAGGGUCAGGUCACCGUCUACCUCAGCCGAGGAAAUGGAGUCCUGGAAGAGCAGCUUGUUCUGAAUGGUGAUAAUGCCUACAAUGCACACUUUGGGGAAAGUAUGGCUUCCCUGGGGGAUAUCGAUGAUGAUGGAUUCCCAGAUGUUGCCAUUGGUGCCCCUAAAGAAGACGAUUACACAGGAGCAGUCUAUAUCUACCAUGGACAUUCUGGUGGCAUGGUACCACAAUAUUCUAUGAGGAUAUCGGGAAAACGAAUCAGCCCAAGAUUGCAGAUGUUUGGCCAGUCUAUUUCUGGAGGAGUUGAUAUGGAUGGAAAUGGUUAUCCAGAUGUGACGAUUGGAGCCUUUGUGUCAAACAAUGUGAUUCUUCUAAGAUCCAGGCCUGUCAUUACGCUGGAUGUCUCUGUUUUCCUGCCGGCAUCCAUUGACAUCACAGCCCCUCAGUGCCAUGACGGCUUGCAAGAGGUGAACUGCCUAAAUGUCACAGCUUGUUUUCGUUUCAAUGGCAAGCACGUUCCAGGAAAGAUAGAAUUGAACUAUAACCUGACAUCAGAUGUGUCGAAGAAAGAAAAGACUCACCCAAUCCGGGUUUACUUUGUGUCUUCUGGAGAAGCGAUGGGGCAGAUCACGGAUACGUUGCAACUGUCGUACAUGCAAGAAAGCUGCAAGUCCUACCUCGUGUAUGUGAAGAGGAGAGUAAAAGAUGUCAUAUCACCAAUUGUAUUUGAAGCUGCCUAUAGCCUUGCUGAACAUUUCACAGCAAAGGAGGAGAAGGAAUUACCUUCACUCAAGCCUGUACUCCGAUGGAAAAAGGGACAGAAGAUGGCUCAGAGAAAUCAGACUGUCUUUGAGAGGAAUUGUCAAUCAGAUGAUUGUGCUGCAGAUCUGAAACUUCUGGGUAAACUGUUCUUGUCCAGUGUGGAUGAUAAAGCUCCCUAUCUGGCUUUGGGAGCAGUGAAGAACAUUUCACUUAACAUCUCUGUCUCCAACAUUGGGGAUGAUGCUUAUGAUACCAACGUGUCCUUCAACUUCUCCAGGGAGCUCUUCUUCAUCAAGAUGUGGCAAAAGGAAGAGAUGGGCAUUGCGUGUGAGUUGCUGGAACCAGAAUCGGACUUCCUCAAGUGCAGUGUGGGGUUUCCUUUCAUGAGAUCAAAGUCCAAGUAUGAGUUUAGUGUUAUUUUUGACACCAGUCAUUUGUCGGGGGAAGAAGAGGUGCUUUCGUUCCUUGUCACCGCUCAGAGUGGGAACUUAGAGCACUCCCUCCAUGACAACACUCUCGUUCUGUCUGUUCCCUUGAAACAUGAAGUAGAUUCGUCCAUCACUGGAGUGGUCUCUCCCAGUUCCUUUGUUUAUGGGGAGUCUGUGGAGGCAUCUCAGUUUAUUCAGCUGGAAGACUUUGAGUGUCAUUUUCAACCCCUGAACUUCACUCUUCAGGUCUACAAUGCCGGCCCAAGCACCCUCCCUGGUUCUUUUGUCGACAUUUCGUUUCCAAAUCGUCUCUCUGCUACUGGAGCAGAAAUGUUUCAUAUUCAACAGAUGAUGGUUGCCCAGGACAAAGGAAACUGCUCAUUUCAGAGAAACCCAACCCCAUGUGUCAUUCCUCAAGAAAAAGAGAACAUUUUCCAUACAAUAUUUGCCUUUUUUACAAAGUCUGGGAGAAAAGUACUGGACUGCGAAAGACCCGGCAGGUCUUGCUUAAUCGUUCGUUGCAAUUUAAGUUCACUAGCCAAAGCCGAAUCUCGCAGUAUAGACGUAUAUAUGCUAUUGAACACUGAGAUAUUAAAAAAGGACAGCUCAUCGGUCAUCCAGUUUGUAACGAGAGCGAAGGUGAGGGUGGACACGACCAUCCGAGCGGUAGAGGUGCCCAGUGGUAAUUCAGAGGAUGCCAUGGUGGUCUUUGAGGCCUUGCAUAAUCUGGAGCCUCGUGGUUAUGUGGUCGGAUGGAUCAUCGCUAUCAGUUUGCUGGUGGGAAUUCUCAUUUUUCUGUUGUUGGCUGUGCUGCUAUGGAAGAUGGGCUUCUUUCGCAGGAAGUACAAAGAAAUCAUCGAGGCUGAGAAGAACAGGAAAGAGAACGAAGACAGCUGGGACUGGGUACAGAAAAGCCAGUAAACUGCUAAAGGGGUGGGGAGGGACAUUGAAAACCCAGUCAUGUGACACACAAUUACUACUCUAUUGGUCCUGCUCUUGUAUCUUCCAUAUGUGGAAGAAGGAAUCUUCUCCAGAUUUUUCGGAGGCCCUGUUAUUCGUCAUCAUCUUAAUCUAGGGAACGUUUCCUGAGGCAACCACUGCAGACAUAUCAGGUGACUGGAGUGAUUUAUACUUCCUGGAAGAGAUGAACUUUGAUAACUAAGCUGCAGCGCAGAGCAAUAUUUAUGAAUCCAACAUAUGUGGAGCACCCUCAGGGGAAGACUGUUGCCUAAAAAAAAAAAAAGUACUUUUUAUAAAUAUAAGCUUUUUAUACUGAUCAUGUCUUUUUAUAUAUUUGUAUCAAGGUUUUAUGUUUUCUAUUGAAUAGCUAUAUAUAGUUCACAAAAGCACUGAUAUUCAGCUGAAGCGUUGGACAUGCGUAUCUGUAUAUAUAUACAUACAUAUAUAUCUAUCAGUCAUACUGUACUUUUCAGUUGCAAUGCAGAAGAGACAAACAGAUGAAAAACCUCACAUAGUAUAUCUACCAAUCUUGGCGAUGUUGUACAUAAAUCUUCCGUCGGCAGUAAGCCAAAGUCUUUCCAUUUUGUUUGAAACAAACAAAACCCCACUAAAGUUAAGUGUGUGAGUUAUGCGUUAAAGGACC